AUGGCGGGCGGCUGCCAUGUGCCAGCACUUCUUGUGAGCCUGCUGUUCUGCGGGGAGGUGCUCUCUGAGGCAACGGGCGCAGCAGAGUGCGAGCAGAAUGACGCGGUGAAUCUGCUACAAGUACCUCAACAAGGGCUAGGUUUCCUGUUCUUGGACGCCUAUCCGAGCCAGUAUGUUGCCAGACGGCUCGCUGAUGGACAGUCUAUCACGAUCGAUGGCAACCUGAAUGAGUCUGUUUGGGAGGAGGUGCCAUUUACGACUACUGCUUUCAAAGAUAUUGCCCAACCUCUCUUUCCGGACUACCUGUUGCCAUCUCAGUUCGCUACUCACGUCAAAGUGCGAUGGGAUGCGGAGUACUUGUACGUUGGAGCAUUCGUGGGCGAACCCUGGGUCGAACACGGCUUCGUGCGCGGAUCCAACCCGAGCCUGACAAGUACGAACCCCAUCGGCAACAGCAAUGUUCCGUACUACGACAACGACUUCGAAGUAUUUAUCGAUGUUGCCGGCACAAACCACUGGUAUAAGGAGUUCGAAAUGAAUUUCAACAACGCGACCUAUGAUGUGCUGUGGCGUGUGCCAGAUAGUGGAUUGGGCUCAACCGGAGUGCCGUGCUGUUCGAUCACCGACUCUGCGUGCGAGAGGUACUGCCAGAAUUCAUCCUGGCCACCCUUCGGUGGGACAUGGUCGAUGUAUCCAAACAUGAGAACAGCUACCGCCAGGGCGGAGGGCUGGGCUACAAAGGGAUGGACGGUGGAGAUCGCCUUCCCUCUGCAUCCUGCCGAUGGCAUUGGUGGGCUCCUCUCGGCAGGCCAAGGUACCUCAUUGGCUGAGAGGUUUGAUCCGAAUGCUGGUGCGAAAUAUUGGUCUGUGGACUUCUCGCGUGCAGAACACCCUUUCUUCACGUCAAACUCCUCCCUCUUUGGACAGCUCUGUCCGUCGAUCCAGAAGGAUCAGCCUACUCUACUGGGAGCAGACCAAUGGAGUUGUUACUGGGAAUGGGUCUGGCAGCCUGUGGGUGGCCAUCGCUACAUGCACAAUCCGGACACAUUUGGGUUCAUACAGUUCGCUGAACCGGAGGGCGAAGACCUCUGCGGCAACAUUGAGUGGCCUGCACGAUACGUCCUGGCUCAAGUUUACCAGGCUGAAAUUGCCUAUGCGAAAUCCACAGGUACCUACACUAGCAGCAUCUGGACUCUGCUCAAGGGAUCUUUCUGCACUCCGGAGAACGGCUGCUCGGUGUCCGUCCUUCGGAAGGUCGUGACCAUCUACGCACGCUACUUCAAUCUCAAGGUCUUUGUCGACAAUUCAGCGACGUCCUGCGUGAGAUAUGCUACAAAUAAGACUGCUGCCAACUACACCGGUGGGCCGUGCUUCAAUGCUUCUGUGGAUGUGCGGCUGCCAUCCUGCACCGAAGUCCGCUCGCGGAUACGAGGCUCAAUCCGUGAAGACCGCUUUCUUGAUGUGCAUGUCUCUGGCACGCCGACACGGGAGUGCCUCCAACUCAGGAGUGAGGUUUAA